GACGCCUCUCUAAUUUCCUGGUAGAUGGCUGGACUCACUUUGGACUUGAUAAAACCCAGCUGACCAGCACCAGCAGACGCCACCGCAAUUCAAAUCAUCACUGGAAACUGGGACCUUGAAGGCUUUCUGAAAAGCAAAACUUACCUUCAUCUGAAGAAGACGACUUUGGACAACUGAGCAGCGACCCGGUCCUUUCCCUCCUCAGCCCAGGCUCUUUCUCUGUGGACCAGAGAGGUGUGUCUUGUCAAAAAAAAAAAGUUGUCUCCAACCCCUCCCACGGACUGUCUUGCAAGCCCUAAACUUUGCUGCUGGUUGAAGAAGUUGCUCUUGUAGCCAUCAGCCUGCGGCGAGACAGUCAGUCAGUCAGUCAGUCAGACAGUCGACUUGAACUGGACCUCUUUCCACUGGGUUGUAAAAAUUCUGCGAGCAUCCACUCUGGGUGAAAGUGAUCAUGGAGGAUUCGUCAGACCAGUCCCACUGGGCAUCUCCCACCCUGCUCAGCUCCGACCCCCUCGCCGGCUUCCCCUCCGACCCGAGCCUGUUGACCACCGGGGAAGAAGGAGAGGCCUUCUUCUCAGCCCCAGACGCCGAUUACGCCGGGCUGUCCUUGUUCUUCCCCAACCCGAGCCACAGCCGAGCAGCAUCCAGCUACAGACACAGCUCCGUCCGGCAGGUGUACACCUCCCCAGGCCUCCUCAGUAACCUCCAGCUCCUGGACGGGCCCCCGAGCCACCCGCUGAGCUCGCCCUACAGCCCCGCGGCCUCCACCUGGAGCGGCAGCCAACUCACCAAGACGCCGCUGCACUCACACACCCCGACCUCCCUCUACUCCCCCGGGAUGGCCUCCUCCUUCACCGCCUCCAGGGAUGCGUACCCUUCCCCGGGAAGAGAGGGCAGGGAGAGCCCCCGGCUCCAGGAGGCCCUCAAAGCGGAGCGUCUCAGCCCCCUGGGCGGCUCGGGAGCCAGCAGCAACUUCCUCAACCUGACCCCCGCCGCCGGGAGCAUGUACACCCCCUCGUCCCACUCGCACCCCCACAUGCUGAGCCCCUACAGCUCGUACAUGAGCGGGCCGCAGGACUACAGCUCGCCAGCCCUAUACUCGAGCGCCGGAGCCUGGAUCAGCCCGUCCUACUCCCCGAAGCUCCGCAACAAGCUGAGGCCGACCACUCCAGAGGCCCGAGAGUGUGUAAAUUGCGGAGCCACCGCGACGCCCCUGUGGCGCCGGGACGGUACCGGACACUACCUGUGCAACGCCUGCGGACUGUACCACAAGAUGAACGGCCAGAACCGACCUCUGAUCCGGCCCAAGAAGAGACUGAUCGUGAGCAAGCGCGCGGGUACCGUGUGCGCCAACUGUCACACCAGCACGACGACGCUGUGGAGGCGCAACGCCAGCGGGGAGCCUGUGUGCAACGCCUGCGGACUCUACUUCAAACUGCACAACGUCAACCGACCGCUCACCAUGAAGAAGGAAGGCAUCCAGACCCGGAACCGGAAAGUCUCCAACAAGAACAAGAAGAGCAAGAAGGCCUCCAUGUUGGAGCCGUACUCAGACGUGGUCCAGCCCCCUCCCCUGGACGACAACGGCGGGCCCUUUUCCCUCAGCCCUGGGACUCUGCUGACCUACAGCCACACGCCGCACCUCCUCCCCACCCCGACCCCGCUGCACCCCUCCGCUGGCCUGCCCUACGCGCACCACCUCAACUCUGGCAUGGUGCCCACUCUGGUGUGACCCUGCAGAAGAUGCAGCGCGCGCUUUCUCCUUCGUCUAGCGUAAGAUUAGUACAUAAAUGAUGAUUUGUUUUUAUUAUUUUUUCCACUAUUUUUUUUUUAUUGCAUUUGUUGUCAUAUUUUGGCGUGCAACGCCAGAUAAAAAUCACUCAACGGAGGUUGCUGCACAUGUAAACACACUGAUGACAGUUUUGCUCCUUUUGUAAAUACAAAACAAGCGUCUGCUUUGGGUUAGAUAAUGUGAAGUUACUCAGGAGUUUUAAUGUUCACUGCUCUCUGUUAUGUAUUUGCAUACAUGAUCUAACCGCACCAAAGCUGCAGAGAGAAGAAUAAAAUGUUUGACUUUA